CAUUAAAGAGAAACUCGGAUAAAUCAACACAACUCCGAAAGCAAAGACGGUGAACACAGUAAAAUGGGACUGGGUCAACUCGCUUCACGAGCCCUCAUCCGAUCCGCCCGGCUCUCCACCGCCAAACCCUCCCACCUCCUCCGCCGGACCAUCGUUUCCACGCCGGAGCUCCACAACGCCGAAGCCGCUGCCGCGGCGGCACAACCGGAAGUAGAUCUCCCGAAGAGGAACCCCGUCGCCGGUGCCCGGGUCCACUUCCCCAACCCGGACGACGCCAUCGAGGUGUUUGUCGAUGGGUAUCCGGUCAAAAUCCCCAAGGGAAUGACGGUUCUGCAGGCUUGCGAGAUCGCCGGCGUCGAUAUCCCGAGAUUCUGUUAUCAUGACCGCCUUUCCAUCGCCGGAAACUGCCGCAUGUGCCUCGUGGAGUUCGAGAAAUCGCCCAAGCCGGUGGCCUCCUGCGCCAUGCCUGCACUACCUGGAAUGAAAAUUAAAACUGAUACACCUAUUGCAAAGAAGGCAAGAGAAGGGGUUAUGGAAUUUCUUUUGAUGAAUCAUCCACUCGACUGCCCAAUUUGUGAUCAGGGGGGAGAGUGUGAUCUCCAGGAUCAAUCUAUGGCUUUUGGUUCUGAUCGAGGUCGUUUUACUGAGAUGAAGCGAUCAGUGGUUGAUAAGAACCUUGGACCUUUGGUCAAGACGGUAAUGACUCGAUGUAUUCAGUGCACAAGGUGUGUACGGUUUGCGUCAGAAAUUGCCGGUGUUCAAGAUCUUGGGGUUUUGGGUCGUGGCAGCGGAGAAGAAAUUGGAACUUAUGUUGAGAGACUUAUGACAAGUGAAUUGUCGGGGAAUGUCAUUGAUAUUUGUCCUGUAGGAGCUCUGACCUCAAAACCUUUUGCCUUUAAAGCCCGUAAUUGGGAGCUCAAGGGUACUGAGAGCAUUGAUGUCACAGAUGCAGUUGGUUCGAAUAUCCGCAUUGAUAGUAGAGGUCCUGAAGUCAUGCGCAUUCUGCCACGAUUGAAUGAGGACAUCAAUGAAGAAUGGAUAUCAGACAAGACACGUUUUUGCUACGACGGUCUGAAGAGGCAAAGGCUAAACGAUCCCAUGAUUCGAGGUGCAGAUGGGCGCUUUAAGGUUGUGAGCUGGCGUGACGCACUUGCUGUGGUUGCUGAGGUCAUCCACAAAGUUAAUCCGGAGGAAAUUGUUGGUGUCGCUGGCAAGCUGUCUGAUGCAGAAUCCAUGAUUGCACUAAAGGAUUUCUUAAACAGGAUGGGUUCGAAUAACAUUUGGUGUGAAGGAAACGGCCCUAAUCCAAAUGCCGAUCUACGUUCCGGAUAUAUUAUGAACACUGGCAUCAGUGGAUUGGAGAAAGCAGAUCUCUUCCUUUUAGUUGGUACACAGCCAAGAGUAGAAGCUGCAAUGGUGAACGCCAGAAUCUGCAAAACAGUCCGAGCCAACAACGCCAAGGUCGGCUACGUGGGCCCCACCGCCGACUUCAACUACGACCACGAGCACCUCGGCACUGGCCCCGCAACACUCACCCAACUAGAAAACGGGACCCACCCUUUCUCCGCAGCCCUAUCAACCGCCAAAAACCCAGUCAUUAUCCUUGGUUCCAACAUCUUCAAUAGAAACGACAAGGACGCAAUCUUCUCAACAAUCGACAAAAUCGCCAAAAAAUCGAAUGCUUCGGUCAACACCCUCCUGGUCAACGCCGCCCAAGCAGCCGCCCUAGACCUAGGCCUGGUUCCAGAAUCUUCCGGCAAGAGCAUCGAAUCCGCCAAGUUCGUGUACCUGAUGGGGGCCGAUGACGUGGACUUGGAGAAGCUUCCGGAAGAUUCCUUUGUCGUCUACCAAGGCCACCAUGGCGACCGUGGGGUCUACCGUGCGAACGUGAUAUUGCCUGCUUCGGCAUUUAGUGAGAAGGAAGGGACUUACGAGAAUACGGAAGGGUGUGCUCAGACUACUGUCCCUGCAGUUCCUACAGUUGGUGAUUCUCGAGAUGACUGGAAGAUAAUUCGAGCGCUGGCUGAGGUGGCAGGGGUUGGAUUGCCGUACGAUAACCUUAGUGGUGUCAGAUCAAGAAUCGGGACUGUGGCGCCAAAUCUUUUGCAGGCGGACGAGAGAGUGGGUUCCACUUUUUCGAGUUCUUUGUUGAGGCCGGAGGUUAAGGAGAAGAUGGAUGAAGAGACGCCGUUCGGAGUUGCUGUCGAGAAUUUCUAUAUGACUGACGCGAUUACUAGGGCAUCCAAGAUCAUGGCACAGUGCAGUGCUUUGUUGUUGAAGAAGUGAGCGAAGUUGAUUUUUAUUUUCUUUUUAUUUUUCGGGAUAACUUUGAAUAAAAAAGGGAUGCCAUUGCCAUUUUUUUUCUCUCUCUUUCUAUUUAGGGGGUGCAGUUUCUUGGAUUUGAUGUAUUGGGGGGCUGAAAUGAAAAGGGGAUUUAAAUGAAUGUACCUUUUUGUAAUUGCAGUGCACAGAUAGUAUUGUGCUCAUAAAUGGCUGGAGUAAUUUGUACCUUUUUUUUUAUUGUAAUUUAACACACUUUUCUGCUGUUGUGAGUUCAACAGCUUCACUGCUAUUUUGUUUAUAUUGAACUUUUUGAACUUUGCAU